GUGAUCCAGGUUACGUAACCGCAAAAGUGUUAAAAGCUCGGACUCACAGCUUCCCAGCCCAUUGCGUCUCCGAGUGUUCUACCUCUGCGUCUCUCCCGCACUUCAGGCGUAACAUUCCACGGUCAAGGCCAGAGUCCCGCUCGCCACAAUGGGCCAAGAAAAUGGUUUGAACGACAAAAACGCACAGAAUGGCUCAGAUAAAGCAGAAACAGAGUCGGGACUCGCUCGCAUCGAGUUUUCAGGCUCCAACCCUUUCCAGCUUUUCCGGGAAUGGCAUGGGGAGGCGCGAGAAGUAAAUCUAGUCAGUCCUGACGCCCUCUGCUUCUCCACCUGUUCCAAAGAUGGAGUCCCCAGCUCGAGGCAUAUGCUGCUAAGAAGGUUAGAUGAUGAUGGGUUUGUCCUAAUGACAGACGGACGUAGCAGAAAAUCAAAUGAAAUUGCAGAAAAUCCUCUUGGUUCUUUGGCAUUCCUUUGGUCAUUUAGAAAAGAUGGCAGUAUUAUAAAUAGACAAGUAAGAAUAGACGGCCGGGUGGAAGAUUUGCCACAGAGUUCCUGUCAGGAAAUAUGGGAGCGAGAACCGCUGUACUGCAAGAUCCGGGCCAAUAUCUGCGACCAGGGUAGACCCGUGGAUUGGGAGGAUCACAAGAGGAUUCACGACAGCUGGUACGAGGAGUGCCUCAGGGAAAAUACAGUGCCCACCAUCCCCGACCAUGUAGUUUACUACAAGGUGAUCCCCACCUUUAUGGAGUUCUACCUCGCACAUGACAAUUUUAUCGGGGACCGUUUGGCAUUCCACUGCACGGAUAAAGAUGCAAAGGUCUGGAAAAUGGGGAGGAUCGCGGCUUGAUCCUCAAUUGAGGGGACUUCUGGUGGUUGUAAGAACAGUGUUAAGGAGUCGAAGAAGAAUACACUGAAGGCUCAGGGUGUAGGAUAUAAGCUCGAUUUGAUUAAGUUUAAAGAUUUGGUUUGUUUUUGAUGCAGUUUACUAACUACAACAAGUGGGAAGUAUUAAUGGUCAAGGAAUUUCCUUGAGAGUCUUACAUUAAAAGUAGUAUUACUUGUUCUCAUUUUAAGUUGUUAAUAAAAUAUUUGAACAUGC